CAAAGGAAAGAGAAAACUAUCCGGCCGCAGGCAGAAGAAAGAACAUUUUGAACUUUUGUAGUUUCUGUCGUUAUCAUUGUCUUCUCAGACGUUACUCUAGGGGAGCAGUGAGGAAAGAAGACAAGCUAUAUCCCUGUGCAGUUUCUGUCGUUGCGUGAGUUGUUUGCUGUCCUUUGGUGAAGAGAGCUGAAAAUCGAUCAAGAUGAAUAGGCUCUUUGGAUCUGGAAAGCCGAAGAAGCCUCCACCAACUCUUACAGAUGCAAUCUCAGGCGUGGACGGCCGCGCGGAGUCCAUGGACAAGAAAAUCCAGAAGCUGGAUCAAGAGCUGGCCAAGUACAAAGAACAGUUGAAGAAGAUGAGAGAUGGCCCGUCCAAGAAUAUGGUAAAACAGCGUGCUUUGAAGGUACUCAAGCAGAAGAAACAAUAUGAGAACCAGUAUUCUGGUCUACAACAGCAGUCAUUCAACAUGGAGCAGGCCAACUAUGCCACACAGACGCUCAAGGACACCAAGACAACGGUGGAUGCCAUGAAGCUCGGUGUGAAGGAGAUGAAGAAAGAGUACAAGAAAAUCAAGAUCGAUGAUAUCGAGGACAUACAAGAUCAGAUGGAGGAUAUGAUGGAGUUGGCUGAGGAGGUACAGGAAUCGCUGGGCCGAUCCUACGGCUGUCCUGAAGUGGACGAGGACGACUUGGCAGCCGAGUUUGAUGCCCUGGGAGAUGACUUCGCACUGGACGAAGACUCGUCGUACCUUGACGCAGCGAGUGCACCUGCUGUUCCCGACGCCACGCCAGCACAGGUAAUUCAGAGUUAUGGGUCUGUGAGGGCUAUGGUUUACACGCCACGCCAGCACAGACUGACGUGGACGAGUUUGGUCUUCCAGCGCUGCCGGCGCAGUAAGCAAGCAGUCUUCGCAGGUGUGUGGGUGCUUGUGUGUGUGUGUGUGAUGGUGGUGGUGGUGGUGGUGGUGGUGUGUGUGUGUGUGUAUGUAUGUAUGUGCGUGCAUGUGUGUGUGUGUGUGUGUGUGUGUGUGUGUGUGUGUGUGUGCCUGUGCGUGCCUGUGCGUGUGUGUGAUCUCAACUAGCUUGGAAUAUCUCCUUGGUUCUCUCCCUGUGGUGUACAUAACGUUAUUAGGCUCUGGCUGGCCUCUGCCUGACAGUAUCGUGCAUGUGUAUGUGCCGUAUCAUGCAAGGUUCUUCCAGUAGCCUUCUUGAACAGGUUCAAUCUAGUGCUUGCAAAGCUCUGUUAUCUAUAGAUACAUCUGUCGUUUUUCUUAUUGUUCUUGUAGUUUUGUGUUACUCUACUCAUACUGGUGGCUGGAACAUCAUGAUUUUCUUGAGCAAUAAACUUUCUUUCGCUAGCUCUUUUCUAAGUUUUCUUGUAACAUCAUGAUACUUUACAGUCUGAUAUCAAGCUUGACUUAACACAUGUGCCUGCUUCCUUGCAUGCACUCUACUGCAUGCACUCUCUUUCUGUUCUGGUCAUUCAUGUACAGCUUAUAAACGUUUACUUAUAGCAUCGAACCCUUCUUUGCCCUAUGUGUGCUGUACGACUGGUUUGCUUCUCUGACCUGGCUACGCAACAAAUGUUUUUUUUUAUUUACUCGUCUCGCGUGCUGAAUUCAUGAAGCUGUUGCUACUGCACUGUUAAAGUUUUUAUACCGUUUGAACGGAUAGGAUUGGGACGCGUACCCUGUUGAUUUGGAUUAUGCGUUGGCAACGAUA